CUAUGGUAGGGUACCAGGGUCCUAACUUGCCAAAGUUGCAUUAUUGAGCGUUGCCAUGGCCGCUGCGGACACGUUUGCUUUUCGGGGGACUUUCUUCCACACACCGGCCUACGGACAGCUCGAGGCACUUCGCGACGCGGUGCUCGUUGUCCAGGAUGGGAUGAUUGCUCGAAUUGCUAAUGGCAGCGAGGAGGCAGCUGUGAGGCGCGAGUUCGGGCUGAGCCAUGUUCGUCGACUGAAGGAAGGCCAGUAUUUUAUUCCAGGCUUCAUUGAUACGCACGUCCACGCUCCACAGUACAAGUUCACAGGCACAGGAACAGAUGUUCCGCUAAUGGAAUGGCUCAAGAAGUAUACUUUCCCAGCCGAAGGAUCAUUUCGCGACCUCGACGCGGCCCAUCAUCGCUACUCGCUGCUGGUCAAGCGCUUCUUGGCGAACGGCACCACCACCGCCAUGUAUUACGGGUCACUUCACUUAGACCCUAACACCGUGCUGGUAGAUACCAUUGAACGUUUGGGCCAGCGAGCGGUGGUUGGCAAGGUGAACAUGGACCGCCACUCCCCCUCCGACUACAUCGAGUCCACGUCCGAGGGUCUGCGCGACGCGGAGGCAUUCAUCCGCUACACGCUAGACAAGAAGUGCUCGCGCAUCCAGCCCUGCAUCACGCCCAGGUUCAUUCCCACCUGCACGCCAGAGCUCAUGAAAGGCCUUGCCUCCCUGGCCCGGCAGUACGGCACGCACAUCCAGUCCCACAUCUCCGAGUGCUGCGGCGAGGUCAACUGCGUGCGCGAGCUGCACCCCGAGUUCGCCUCCGACACGGCGCUGUUCGAGCAGGCGGGGCUGCUCACGCCCCGCACCGUCAUGGCGCACGGCACGCUGCUGUCGGACCAGGACCUGCGACACCUGGCAAGCAGGGGAACGGCGGUUAGCCACUGCCCGCUGUCCAACUUUUUCCUAGGCGACGCGUGCUUCAGGGUCAACCACGCGCUGUCCCUAGGCGUCAAGGUGGGUCUGGGCACUGACGUGGCUGGCGGCAUCUCCCCCUCCAUGCUGACCGCCCAGCGCAUGGCCGUGGUCAACAGCCGCUGCCUGCGCGCGCACAAGCUGGCGCAGUCGGGCGGCACCACCGUCACCGCGGACAUGGAGGUGGACGUGCUGGGCUGGAGGGAGGCGCUGUGGCUGGCGACGGUGGGGGGAGCGCAGGCUCUGGACCUGUCCCACGCGGUGGGUACCUUUGCGGAGGGCAAGGAGUUCGACGCGUUGCUGGUUGACACGGGGCUGGGCGGCACCUGCGGCCCCUUCGACGUCUUCCCGGACGAGUCGGACGAGCAGCGGCUGGAGAAGUUCCUGCAGCUGGGCGACGACCGCAACCUGGCAGAGGUGUUCGUGCAGGGCGUGUGCGUGAAGCGGGGACACGUGUUCGAGCGGGAGGCGGCGGCGGAGGGGCAGCGGGCGGUGGAGGCAGGCAAGCAGGAGGCGGGGGAUGCGGAGGCAGCAGCGGAAGAGGAGGAGGAGCGGCGCAUGCGUGCUCCCACCCCCACGGAGCCCGAGGCAGCGUUGGUGGACCUCAAAGCGUCGGACAGCAGCGAGGCAGAAGAGGCGGCGUCGUGGGAUGCGGCUGGAGGCGACACGGAGGCUGCUGCGAGGACAGGAGCCGCAGCAGGAGGGGCAGGCGGUGUGGCUGCUGCUGACUCGGUAGCGACGCAAGGGGAGGCGGAAGCGGAGGAGGAGGAGCAGGAUACGGAACCGGAGGCGGAAUCCCGACCGCCAGCUGCUAAGCGCGCCCGGCAUUGAGGAUGAGGGAGUCAGGGAAGAGUGGUGGGAGAGGCGUUUCCUGUGCAGGGUUAAAACUGGUAGGGACGACAAGGCUAGCGGCUGUGUGGUGGCUGUAAUGGUAAUGGUUUUGCGCACUUUUGCAUUGUAGGUGCGGUUGUGUGUUGUAUCAAUUGUAUUUUACUACCGGUAGCUGGGGUAUCUAUUGCGUGCCUGUAUAGCUAGGACUGAACUACCUCUUGAGUUGUCAUCCAUCAUGUACAUUAAAUGACAGGAGGGGGCUUGGCACGCUCCUUACAACGCAUAAUAGGCCUGCAAGCGCAGCAUGUGCGCGCCGGUUUGUGCAGGGACGGCAGUUGUUGGUUUUGGUUGGUCUGGAUGCUAUUGCAGUUGCUGCCCGCACGCUUCUCCUCAACUGUACUACACCCCACCAAUCCCUGUAGAAAGAACUAUUGUUCCUUUAAUGGCUCGGAUGUAGUUGUAGCCCUGAUGGAUGAUUGUACUGCAGGAGAGGGCUUUUGGGGGCAUGCGCUAGCCUACGAUUUAUGUUCCUAACGACUCUUUACAUGGCGGCCCUGCGUUUGUUGACUUUGAAAGUGCAUUCCAAGUGGCUUGAUUGGUGCUGUUGGUAAGCAGGACAGCAGCACAGAGAGAUGGCCAGGCGAGCCGUGUUUGAACAAAGGCUUUGCAUGUGAUGAACUGCCGUUAUCUGGUGUCGUUUCCACGGCAUGGCUUCCCUGGAGACGCCUCUCAGUCUUUUAUCUGGUGGGGUUGGGAACAACUUGGGUACGAGGGUGAGACGUCAUGUUUGGUGUGCGGGUGCGGAGCUGGCUCUCAGGGUUGUCAGCGGCUUGCACGCGGUCGUUGAUUUGGUGUCCAUAGCUUGUAGUGAGGCGUUUGGACAGGAGCACUAGUACGUGUCGUGAAACCCAUGAAGCCCAUGAUCUGGGGUCGCUUACAAGGAUCAGGAGGGGGCCUGGAAACCCUGAUGACAUGUACAUCUGAUAGGCGAGUAGUGGUACGGCGAUUUUAGAAAAGCAACGUAGCCGUGACCCACGUUUUUGCAGCGUACUCGUGCUUGUGUAAUGCUGUGCUGUUUGAGCGAAGGCGCUUGUGGCUCUGGUUGAGGUGGCUUGCGGUUCCUGGGCUCCAGGCUGGUCCGUCAGGCCGAUCCGGGCCUAUCACGGC